CGAAAAGUAGAACAAGAAUCGUAGAUUCUUCUUGCAACCAAUAAUAUAGUCAUCUAAACGAGGUGGUAUACAGCAUCUGAUGCCCUCUCCACCUCCAUGUAUCAGGAAGGAAACAUGCGGUGUAUUUUCUCCAUCUAAACAGACAAACAACUAUGCAGCUCGUUUACUCCACUUCCAACUGCGUCUUUGAGUUAGCAAACCAUAGUGUAGAAUUUCUGUGAUCUUAACUUAAAAGUUUCAAAAUUUUCCUUGUUCUUUUUUCAGUACCUUUUUCCUGUUCAAUUUUGUUAGCUAAGAUGGGAAAAGAAGAGGGUCCCGCGAUCGGAAUUGACUUGGGAACGUGCUACUCAUGUGUGGCUGUUUGGCAACGUAAUCGGGUGGAGAUCAUACCCAAUGAUCUGGGGAACCGUACAACACCAUCUUAUGUGGCUUUCAAUGAAACUCACCGCUUGAUUGGUCAGGCAGCUAAGGACCAGGUUUCCAUGAACCCCACCAACACUGUUUUUGACUCUAAACGUUUGAUUGGAAGGCGAUUCAAUGAUGAAUCUGUGCAACGUGACAUGAAACUGUGGCCAUUCAGGGUGAUUGCUGACCCUGAUCAUGGGAGGCCCAUUAUUGCGGUCACAUACAAGUAUGAGGAAAAACAUUUUUUGGCUGAAGAAAUCUCUUCAAUGGUACUCGUAAAGAUGAAGGAGAUUGCUGAGGCUCACUGCGGUUCAAAGAUCAAGGAUGCUGUCAUUUCUGUCCCAGCUCGUUUCAAUCACUCACAGCGUCAAGCCACAAUGGAUGCCGGUAUCAUUGCUGGUCUGAAUGUGAUGCGGCUUAUCAAUGAGCCAACUGCUGCUGCUAUUGCAUAUGGGCUUGACAAGGAUGAUGGUACAGGUGAGAAGAAUGUGCUCAUCUUUGAUCUUGGUGGUGGGACAUUGGAUGUCUCACUUCUUACCGUUGAAGAGGGUAUCUUUGAAGUGAAAGCUACGGCUGGUGACAAUCAUUUGGGAGGUGAAGAUUUUGACAGUAGAAUGGUGAACCAUUUCAUUAAAGAGUUCAAGGGAAAGCAUAAGAAGGAUAUUACUGGGGGUAAGGCUUAUAGGAAGUUGUGGAAUGCUUGUGAAAGGGCUAAGAGGAUGCUCUCAUCUAACACUAAAACAACAAUUGAGAUUGAUUCUUUGUAUGAUGGUAUUGACUUCUACUCAUUUAUCACCCGAGCCGAGUUUGAGGAGCUUAACCUGGAUUUAUUCACAAAGUGUAUGGGGCCUGUUGAGAAGUGUUUGAGGGAUGCUAAGAUGGACAAGAGCACUGUCCAUGAUGUGGUUCUGGUUGGAGGGUCUACGAGGAUCCCCAAAGUUCAGAAAUUGUUACAGAACUUCUUUGAUGGGAAGGAGCUCUGCAAAAGAAUUAACCCUGAUGAGGCUGUUGCUUAUGGUUGUGCUGUGCUGGCUGCAAUUCGCAAUGGUGAGGGUAAUACGAGAGUGGAAAAAAUCUUGUGCAUAGAUGUCACCCCUCUAUCUCUUGGUUUUGAGACCUCUGGAGAUUUAAUGACUGUGUUGAUUCCAAGAAACACCAUUAUUCCCACCAAAAUGGAGCGGUAUUUCACAACCUAUUCUGAUCAACAGGUGGUUGUGACCAUCCCGGUUUAUGAGGGUGAACGUGCCAAAACAAGUGGUAACAAUUUGCUGGGCAAGUUUGAGCUCUCUGGUAUUCCUCCAGCUCCUAGUGGAGUUCCACAAAUUACUGUUUGUUUUGACGUUGAUGUUGAUGGAAUCUUGAACGUUUCUGCCAAGGACAAAACCUUUGGAAAGAGGAAUAACAUUACAAUCACUGAUAAGUGCGGGCUCUCCAAAGAAAAGAUUAAGAAAUUAGUGCAGGAGGCUGAGAGGUACAAGGCUGAGGAUGAGGAGCAUAACAUGAAGGCCAAAUCAAAGAAUGCACUUGAGAACUACGCUUUCAACAUGAGGAACACAUUUAGAGAUGAAGAGACUGUUGCUAAGGUUUGUGCUGUGGACAAAAAGAUGGUUGACGAAGUAAUUGAGGAGACUAUCGAUUGGCUUGAAAGGAACCAGCUUGCUGAGGCAGACGAAUUUGAGGAUAAGAUGAGCAAGCUGGAGAGCAUCUGCAAGGCAGUAAUUGCCAUGAUUGGUCAAGGCGCUGAUGAUGACGUGGGUGAAGCCACACUUGAGGAUGAACAGCACAUGGAGGAGAUUAAGAUUCACCAAGGUGUUGAUUGUGACAUGAAUGUAUCUACUCAAGAGGAUACGAAGCCUAAGAAGGAGAUUAACAUUUGUCAGGGUUCUAAUGGUCACAUGGCUAUAGCCAUGGAAGAGGUCAAUAAGCUUCAGAAUGAGAUUAAGGACAAAGGG